GCGAAUCGAGCGGUUUCUGUCGAUGUUUGCAAAUCGGUCUCCGUACGCAACGUAUUCCUUCGAGCAAGUGGCACAGUAACGAGCGGUUGUUUUUUUUCGGUUUUGGCUUAAAGCGCUGGAAGGUGAAAGCGGUGAGCUGCUACGGGUCCAGCUUAACGAUUGUCGUCGGUGCGAAGGUUGUUUACCGGAAACGGUGGUGCUGGCAUUGAUGUUGGAUUACUGUCGUGUCGAAUCAUUGUUAAAGUGGAUCAAACAUCAGUUCGAUAUCGGUGGUAAAACGGUUUAAGGCAAUACAUUAAGGUUGCUAGAUCAUCAAUUAUCAGCAGCGUCUAGUUGCAGAUUGUUGAUGAGCUGCAUGAAAUUAUCGACGGAAUAAACAACAACAAUUGAGGCUGUGUUGUGAAGCAGUUCGAGGAAUAUUUUGCGCGGAUUGUUUUUACCAAUGAAUAACAGUGAUGUAAUAGUUUUUACAGCCGCAUUCAACAACAGGAUUGAUGCAUUAAUGAUAAAUUUUGAAUCGACCGCAUUUGACAAUCUAUCUGUACAGAAUGCGUUACGUUUGCACUAGUAAUUUCUCGACACCGUGUUGUAUUUUGCAACUGAUAAAAAUCAUGCAAGAAUUUCAGUGCUAAAACAUAGUUUCAAAGACGGAAAACAUAUUGGAUAACACACAACAAAGCUCCAGAGGAUGUGCAGAGCUGUUACUGUGGUAUGUUGCAUCAUCGGAUCUUUCUACACGGUUGGAUGCAUAAUGGACUCACUACUCGGUGAUGGAAUGCUGCACGCUACAAUGAAUAGUGAAACGUGUGUGAAGUUGUUAACAUAAUUUCAAAUUAGUGGUCACAUAAGCCUACCGAGCGAUCGAGUGGUAAUCUUCUCUGUUAGGUGGAAUUAGUGAUUACCUGCGCUUGAGCUUCACUAGAUGUUUGUGUACAUGUGCGUGUGCGUGUGUGUGUGAAAUAGUAAAAUGAAUAUCCGUACAGUGCCCAAUCGAAGAUAAAAAAUGCAGUUUAUCAUCGUUGGUGGAUUAUUCGUACUGGCAAAUCUACAUUUCAACCAUCACAACGCAAUGGGUGUAGCUAAUCAUCUGCCAGCACCGCAGGAAAACAGAAUCAUCAAAAAAUUCUCACCCCAUCCCUACUUUGACUUCGAUGUGCCUCGGAACAUAACGACCCGCGUCGGUCAGACCGCUUUCAUCAACUGCCGGGUCGAGCAAAUGGGUGACAAAUCGGUCUCCUGGAUCCGGAAACGAGAUCUACACAUCCUGUCGGCGGGCACCGCAGUCUACACGUCAGAUGAACGAUUUCAGGUGAUACGCUCAGAUAAGGCAGAAAAUUGGACACUGCAAAUAAAGUUCGCCCAGCAGCGAGACUCGGGCAUAUACGAGUGUCAGGUGAACACAGAACCAAAGAUGUCAAUGGCAUUUCGACUGAACGUUGUAGAUGCUAAAGCGAUUAUCCUCGGACCAUCGGACCUAUACGUAAAGAUGGGCAGUGUUGUGACGCUCACGUGCAUAAUUAGCCAGGGACCACAUGAUCUAGGGACAAUAUACUGGUACAGAGGGUCAAAUCUCGUGCAGCCCAUAGAGCUGCACCCCAACGACCCUUCAUUAGCAUAUCCACAUCGAAUAUCAGUUGAGCUGAAGUGGACCGAGGCCCUCACGUCACGGUUGAAAAUACUCGAUGCCAAACUGUCCGACUCGGGCAACUACACGUGUCUGCCGACGUCGGCGGAGGGUACGAGCGUGAUGGUGCAUGUGAUAAACGGAGAGCAUCCUGCGGCGAUGCAACGUGGCUGCGCUACGACCGCUGACAAAGAUCAACACCGGAGUGUGCAGCUGCUGAUGACGAUGCUGGUGCUGGUGCUGCUAACCUUCGGCUGGCAUCGAACCGAUCUCAACACCUGCCUGACAGCGCCCGGUAGUGCGGUGGAGUGCUCAAGCCGGCGACCCAGCACAACCACCCUCGAGCGGACUGGGGCACAGCGAACGGUGAUAACGGAUAACGGUCCCACCGGCACAUUAACGUCUUCCUGCUGUUCGUAAUGUUCGCGAGGCAGGCCAGCACAGUGGCGGACGACAGGACUUUGCAAAUACUUUAACACACAGGUGCUACAAGAUACUCUCGGGUGGAAGCUAGAACAGCUUGAAACCACAAACGCUGGUUAAAAGUUAUCACUUUGCACUUGUACAAUGUUUUACAAAAGCAUCGCAGUUAUGAAAGUGAUGUUGUGUGUGUACCGGUGUGAUGAUGAGGGAGAAGAAGAUGGAUCGACGUUUAAAAGCCAGUAGUGAGAAAUACGACACCGAUUACAGAAAUCAAUUCCAAACCACAGUCACACCGAAUGGAGUAUACAAAGCAAAGGAAGCAAAGGACUCUUGACGCAUUUUCCUUAAUGCAACGAAAAAACGGAAAAAGGCGACAUUCUCGUUUAGUUGCAAGUGCAAUGUAUUCCAAGUGCACCAAUCGUAGAUGCAAGAGAAGAACGCAUACAGACGAAUAGUGUAAGAUGAUGUGAUGCGCUACCCGGAUACCACUCCAUUUCCUCCCUUUUUGUCUUACCGUAGAAAGAAAGAAAGAGAAAAAGAGGGAGAGAAAAUCCCAAAGGAUUUUGCACGAGCAAGAGUCACCCCCACGGUGUUCCGGUGCAAUUCCGGUGCAAAAGCUAGUUAUAACACGUCACAAUCACCGAGAUCCAACCGGAUCCAAUGUAGCAACGAACCGACAGAAGAAGCGAACUGAUUUGACGUUGGAGUUUGAUUGUUUUAAAGGGGUAGGACGAGUGACUGAAAUGGUGGGAAGCAAUAAGG